CUAAUUGCAUAGUCGUGAAGUUAAAUAUUACACGUCUUAUUUAUUAUUUUUUUACAUAGCUGAAAUGUUCAUGAAAGAAUUUAUCAAAAAUACUAUGAAAAUUCUUCAAGAAAAGAGUCAUUCAGAAAAAGUAGGAAUUACUAUAGGACAAAUUAGUAACAUUCAUUCAACCAAGAAAGUUCUCACUUUAAAGGAUUAUACAGGCGAAAUUAAGGCCUUGAUCCAAGAAAAAGUUAUUGAAGCAUACAGAUCAAUGUUGUGUAAAAACACAAUUCUUGUCCUAAGAAAUGUUACGAUUCAAAAUUCUGAAGGGUUACCACUUUUCAUCGCCAUUACGUUUAAAAAUAUUUAUAUGAUAUACGUAGAUGAAUUUAACAAAGUUCUUGGACAUGGAGCAAAGAACAUAAACGGAUUGGGCGAUAAAGCGAAAAACAAUUCUCCAAGUAGUUCAAUUCAAUCAAAUUCUGAAGAAUCUUUAUAGAUGGUGAAAUUUCGCGCCAGAAUGAUAUGUGAAAAACUAUGAGUUAAUUAAUUUCAUAAUUCAUAAAUUAUAUUGAUAACUUUCAAAUAACUGUUUUUUAAAUAAAAUUCAUAAUUUGUUUAAGAAAUAUUGUAAGGCAAUGAAUCAAAUUUUUUUUUACAAUUCUU